CGUCCUCCUCCUCCUCCUCCUCCUCCUUCUCCUCCUCCUCCCCUGCAGUGUCAUCCCUCUUCCCACUUCUCAGCCUCAGACAGUAUGCAGGAUCCUGCGUCCAUCUCCCUGCUCCAAGUUGUUGCAAGUUGCGGAGCCUCCCAGGAGGCGACAACCAUGAGUCCAGCGGCGAACAGGAGUGAGAAGGACGUGGCAGGUCAGAGCAGAGCGGUCGAGGAGAGCGGGGAGGAGGCCGCGGCCAGGAAGAGGGCCUCAGAGGAGGAGGAGGCGGCCAGGUGGCGCGCCGCCAGAGAGGUGGCGAGGAAUAGGGCCGCGGAGGAGGCCGCCCAGGCGGCGCAGCACCCGCGGGAGGAGGCGGCGGCGGCCGCGGCGGACAGCAAGCGCCCGCAGGCGGCGCAGGCGGUAGCCAGGGCGGCUGCCGCAAGCCCGGCUUCAGAAGCGCCCGCGACGGCAGCGUCGCAGGCGUCGCCCCUGCGGGCGGGCCCCGCCCGCGCCGCCUCGGAGGCGUCCUCGGCGCCGCGGGGGGAGCCGCCCGCGGGGCCCCCCCUCGCCGCCGAGCUGGCCGCCAGGUUAAAGCCCGACCUCCCCGACCAGUCCGCGGGCGACGGCCCCAUCUGGAUCGUGGUCGGCGGGCGCGGCAAGGGCGGCAUCAUGGUACGCAAGGGGGAGAGCCUCACCUCGAAGCCGCUGCCCGUCCGCCUGGCGCCGGGCACCAGAGUCGAGGAGCUGGAGGUGUCAGGGGAUCGGCUGCACUAUAAGAGAAUCCGCGGCAACGGGCCCGACUUCGGGUGGGUCAGCGUCGAGGCCGACGGGCGAGCGCUGCUGGAGCGGGAGGUCUGACGGCCUCCCUGGCCCCCGCGCAGCAGAAAAAAGACCGCGGUAUCGUCGCCCCCGCUCAGCGGCGAACGGCCGACGGUGAGGCCUGUGGCCACCUGCCACGCCCGAGCGACACCCAGUGCCACACGGCGCUCGGGCGCGCCACCGGUCCAGGGGUCGCCUUCUCCUCCCGAGGGGCGAGGGUCCUCCUCCUCCUCCUCCUCCUCCUCCUCCUCCUCCUCCUCCUCCUCCUCCUCCUGCCGCUCGGCGCGCCCCCCGAGGGGCGAGGGGGCGCCGAGGCGAGGGCCAGCGGCCUUCGACGAGGCAGGGGGGCCUCUCAGGAGCUCCCUCCUGCCGUCGGGGAGCCCUCGCAGGAUGGCCCCAGGACCAUCCUUCCGGGGCGACCCCCCCCGCCGUCUUGGAAGUCCGCCCCUCUCGUCCCGCCCCCUCGUGUGCGCCGCCAGUUCAGCAGGCGUGCGCAGCGGAGCGAGGGCUCUGGGAGUCCCGCGGCCCCCGUCCUCUGGCGAGCUCGGGUCGUCCCAGAGUGCGAGUUGGUGAUUGAUCCAUACACCUUAGGCGAUGCUUAAGAAAACUUGAGUUUUCG